AUGCCGGUAACGACAACCCGCGAAGCUUCCAGGAAGCUGAGCAUUUUGUUACGUUGAGAAUAAUUAGUUUGCCAAGGUUUUCGAUGAGUUCUGCCAUUCCCAUCCGUACGGGUUGUAUAUAAGGAGCUUCGGAGAAGUAGCAGUGAGGAGUAGGGUGUGCGGCGUCGAGUACGGAGUACUGUUAGGGACGAAGAAGUUGCAGCGGUAGCUGAUACAUCGAGCAUGGCAUCGAGGUGCUACGAGGCAGCGAGGAUCAUGGAGGUUGGCAACCUCAAAGGCGGAGGCGGGGGGCUGGGCAAGGAGGUGCACCACGGGCACGGCCGAACCGCCCACAACAUGUCGUCGUCGUCGCUGCGCAAGAAGUCUGACCUGUCGUUGGUGUCCAAGGUCCGGUGCAGCCCUCUGAGGGCCCUCCUCGCCAAUCUGCAGGAGAUCUUCCUCGGGACGAAGCUCUUCGUCCUGUUCCCCGCCGUCCCACUCGCAAUCGUCGCCAACUACUACCACUUUGGACGCGCGUGGCUGUUUGCAUUGAGCUUGCUCGGUCUCACUCCUCUCGCUGAGCGUGUCAGCUUCCUCACAGAACAAAUCGCAUUCUACACUGGUCCUACUGUGGGUGGACUAUUGAACGCAACAUGUGGGAACGCCACCGAGCUUAUCAUAGCUCUAUUCGCGUUGCAUCAAGGGAAGAUCGAGGUGGUCAAGUGUUCUUUAGUUGGAUCCGUCCUGUCCAAUCUAUUGCUUGUCCUCGGCUCCUCCCUCUUCCUCGGCGGUCUCGCCAACCUACACAAAGAGCAACUCUAUGAUCGAAAGCAAGCUGAUGUGAACACUGGUCUUCUGCUGCUGGGCGCGCUUUGCCACAUCCUGCUGUUGAUGUUCAGAUACGCCGUGAACACCGGGGAGCAGGCAGUGGACGCAGCUCCAACGCUGGCGUUGUCGAGAGCAUGCAGCAUGAUAAUGCUCCUCGCCUACGUUGCUUACCUCUUCUUCCAGCUGAAGACCCAUCGCCAACUCUUCGAGUCACAAGAGGAGGAUGGCGAUGACGAUGAUGAUGUGGUAUCUGAAGAUGAGCCAGUCAUCGGAUUUGCAAGCGCAUUGUUAUGGCUGGUAGGGAUGACAGCGGUGAUCGCAUUGCUAUCCGAGUACGUUGUUGGCACCAUUGAGGCUGCUUCGGAUUCAUGGGGUAUAUCGGUGAGCUUUAUCAGCAUCAUCUUGCUUCCGAUAGUUGGCAAUGCAGCAGAGCAUGCAGGUGCCAUCAUUUUCGCAUUCAAGAACAAGCUGGAUAUCACUCUUGGUGUUUCCCUUGGUUCAGCAACCCAGAUCUCCAUGUUCGUGGUUCCACUGAGUGUAAUCGUGGCCUGGAUAAUGGGAAUCAAGAUGGAUCUUGAUCUUAAACUGUUAGAAACGAGCUCACUCAUCAUGGCAAUACUAGUCAUAACCUUCACUUUACAGGAUGGAACUUCACACUACCUGAAGGGACUUGUUCCUCUGCUCUGUUACCUGGCAAUUGGAGCAUGCUUCUUUGUCUUCGAUUCCCAAACUGAUCAAAAUAACGGCAUCGAUGCUGGUGGUCUGACCACAACAGCUGCAGUCACUAAGGCCUACUGAACAGACUGUAUUGCUGAAUCAACCAAAGCAUGCUCCUGCUCAAGAACUGGCGCAUCAAAACCUUAUUCUACUAUAUUCAGUUUGUGUUUGGGAGGAAUUGUUUUUCGAGCUAAACCGAAGCAUUGGAGAUGGCCUACUGGUGAGAGCCAAAGAUGGGUUGCAACAAUGAUACCAACAUUUCCAUGAGAGGCUGUUGAAGAGUAAGAAAACUGGAAGACCAUGGUGAUAUUGGAUUCAUAUCUCACACGCUGUAAAUUAUCUUCUGCAGUUGUUUCCUCCUGCCUUUUGCUUAUUAGUUCUUUCAGUGUCAGUAGAUUGAUGUUCCCCUGUCAAUGCAAUAAGAAUUUAUUAUAGUAGAUUCUAAAGCAAA